AUGGCGUGCUCUGAAGCUCUCCAAUGUCCUACCUGUUUGGACGUCUUCAAAGACCCUGUCAUUUUGCCUUGCAGCCACAGCUUCUGUCGCUCCUGCGUGGAGCAAUGGUGGACGGAGAAAAAGGACCGUUCUUGUCCACUCUGUAGGACAGAGCACAGCUCCUUGGUUGCACCUCGGAACUUGGCCUUGAAGAACGUGUGUGAAGCUUUUGCAGAGUUUUCCUUGGACACUGACGAAGAGUGCAAGUUGCACAAGGAGAAACUGAAACUGUUCUGUUUGGAACAUCAGCAGCCUGUGUGCUUCGUUUGCAGCCAUGCAGAAAUGCACACAAAUCACAAAUUCUCUCCUAUCGAGGAAGCUGCAAAGGAACCCAGAGAAGAUCUAGAGAAAGACCUGCAAGCCAUGACAAAAACACUGAAAAUGUUUACCGAAGUUAAAGAAGACAUCAGUCAACAAGCAGAAGACAUCCAGGUCCAGAAGCAGCAGGCUGAAAGCAAGAUUAAGGAGAAAUUUAAGGAGAUUCACAACUUUCUGGUGAAGGAGGAGGAGGCUCGAUUGUCUGCUGUGAGAAAAGAAGAGCAAUGCAAGAGUCAGACAAUGAAAGAGAAGAUUGAGGGUCUCAGCAGCGACAUGAACACUCUCCAAGACGUGAUUAACAACACGGAGAAGCUGCUAACAGCAGACAAUGUUUCCUUCAUGAAGAACUACAAGAAAAUGAGGGCCAGAGCCCAGGAGCUGCCCGAAGAGCCCAAGCUGGUCCCAGGACCUGUGCUGGACAUGGACAAACAUCUGGACGACCUCCCAUUCACCAUGUGGGAAAAAGCUAUGAGGCUGGUGUCCCAAAGUGCUGCGAUUCCAAGCCCAAACACCAACAAUCCAGUAGUCAGACAGAAGCUAAGCAGAGAGAACCAGGAUCCGAAGAACCCAGUGAGUGUUCAAGCCCUGAAUGUGUUAAAUGUAACUGCUGUGCACUCAGAAGCACACAGCUGGAAUGUUUUUGUGGGCGACAACAAUGACUGGGAACUGGGAUUAAAGAUUGAGAAUUCUAAAGUUGGCAUUCGAUUUAGGGACGGGUUUAGGCUGACACUCCAGCCUUCGUUAGACACGGCACACGCGGAAGCUACGACAGCUCUGACGGAGGCUGAAGUCUCCGCCAAACCUGUCGGCAGGUAA